UUUUCUGUUUCUAUAGUAAAGAUUCAAGCAAACGAUAGGGCUCGCCACCAAAGCUUUGAGCGACGAUUAGCUUGCCGCCAAAACUUGAGAAAGUGGGAAUUCAGAGGUAAAUUAAGUCCUGCUCUAUUACAUAGAGGUUUUACUGUACCAAUGGGUCGUUAUAUUGGAAGUUGUUGUAUAUUUCG